AUGGUAGCAUCAACAAGUGCAUCGAAAACAUUUGAUUGGCCUGUAUUCAACCAGGAGAACUUCUCGAGAAUGAGUAUCAAAUCGAAACAGGUAAAAUAUUUGAUGAAACAUGUUUUUGCGUUGUUUUUGAAACGCUGGGCCUUUCUGGUUUUCAAAAACUGCUACAACCAAUUGUGAAAAUGAAUUAUAAUGUGGCCAAGUUCGAAAUGUGAUUUUAAAAGGGUGUAACUAGCUCAGUUCUCAUUAAAAUCUAAGACCACUGCGAAAAGUUUGAUUUCGGAAGAUUUUGAUGAAAUUCGAAAGGUUAGAAAUCUCUACGCAGAUAGCCUUGCACAUUUCACAAUUUCCAUGAUUUCUCACGUAAUAGCUCAUCUUCAGCGUUGAGAUGAGCUUUUUUAGUAGAUCAAAUCUAUAUUUUUCAUGAAAAACCUAAUCAAUACAAUUUUCAGCAUGUCGAUGAACAAAACGUGACAAUCGAGAGAAAUGUUGGUGGUGAAAAUGAUGGACGGGUGUACAAAAUCAAAGCUGAUAAAACACCAUUUAUAAUUCGAUGUUUGUCACAAAGAAUGGAUAGUUUGAUGUCGAAAAGUAAGGAGAAAGAAGAAGAAGAAAAGGAAAAAGAGGGACAAUCGACUAGUGGAACUUGUACACAGAAAAGAUCAAUUGUGGAAUCGACAUCGAAUGAUGAAACUGUAACUAAGAAGAGCAAAUGA